AUGCCUUCUGCAUGUGUCGUCUCGUCCUUAGUCAUUGUUCUAGCUGUUAAUAGUAUGGCUGACGCCAUCAGACUACGAGAGUAUCGUCGUCCACAGUGCACAACAGAGCAAACCUGCUCGUACGAGGCGUUCGGAAUGGUCUUCGCGUUGUGUGAUUGCCCUGGUGAGGAACAAUCCUGCCCACAAGAUGAAGAGAACGCAGUCGAGCACCGAGGAACACUAUAUAAUUUCUGCACGACCCGCAAUGUGCCAAUUUGUGAAGAUGGACAGAUAUCUACUACUGUGAGCGGGAUCCAGACAGCGAUUUACUGUGUUUGUCCAGACAACAAUGAUAUGGUUCAGCAACAGACUCUCAUCAAAGGGGUUACGAAUUACACGUGUCAUCAGGUAACAUUGUGA